CCAAUCUUCCAAUCCAAGCAAUUCGACCCUCCCCUCAACUCCUGUCAACUCCGAUCUCUCGAACUCGAGUGCAUCUGCACAUCGCAUAUAUAUUCCAGUCAUGGCUCUGCUAGACAACGAUUCUUCUCAGAUUUCCAAGUCGACGACACAAUUCGCCCCUGACAUAGACGUUGAAUCAGGCGCAGUCACUUGCUUAGCUCCCGACUCCUCGCUCCCCGUUUCCUCUUCGCCUGGACGAUCGAACCCCCCCUUCUGCUGUGCGCCCCCGCUUGCCAAGAACGCGUUCCCCGCAAAUGAUAUCGCCGAUGCGGAAGAUUCAGCGGAGUUCACCGCGGUUUACCCCGCCGACCUGCUCAUAGACUCCAAAGGGGUUACUACCGCUGACGAAUUAUGGCAACUUCGCAAGGACGAGAAGGAUCGCCAGAAGCUCCGUCGCCGGACCUGCUGCUGCCGUGUCGCAUGCUGGUCGCUCGUCGUCGUCGUCGUCGCCAUCGCCGCGUUAGCCGUCGCAGGGCUGGUCGCGUACCUGACAGUCUCUAAGCAGCAGCCCCAAGUAGAGGUCGAGCGAAUCGACAUCGUCCACGUGGGCAUCAACGAAUCAGGCGGCGGCUUCCUCGGCGUCGAAAACUUCCGCCUGGGCCUAUCCGCGUUAAUAAACGUCACCGCGCGCGUGUAUAACCCCAACAACUGGGACGUGGAGGCGGAAAAUAUUUCCAUCGACGUGAAAUUCUUCGACAUGAAUGUCACAAAUGUAACCCUGCCCGGCGUUGUGGGCAUGGGAAGGGGGGCAAGCGCGCACUUGACUGUCCCCCUCGAGAUUGUCGACGCGCCCCUUGUGACCCUCGAUCCCGCAAGCCUGCUGACGACGCCGCUGCUGCAUGGAGGGCGCGCGGAAAUGCGCGUGGUGAUUGGCACUGUAGCGCGCGUCAAAUACUGGGGCAUCUCGUCGCCACGAGUCCAGGUGCAUGUGGAAUGCACGAUGCAAGUCGAUCCGUUUUCCGCCAAGAAGUUCGACGAGCAGUGUACACCCAGCGUCGGUAUGUGAAAAGGAGCAACGGCAGGAGAGACAAAGGGAGAACUUGUAGGGUCAUCAUUGUCAUACUUACCAAGGUAGCUGGUAGAUUUCUCAGGGCGUAUUCCUGACCUUGUGUCGGCCUUUGAUACAGGGUCUUGCACGAGCUCAGGAAUGGUCCCUCUCGUGUUUUCUUGUGUGUUCUACUACCAAUUUGAAUGCUUUGGUGGUAAAAAACUUCCAUGUGAAUG